AUGUUGUCUCGCACUGCCCGUUUCUCUGCCACUCGUGCUUUCUCUUCUUCGGCUGCCUCUGCCUACAAGGUUGCUGUCCUUGGUGCCGCCGGCGGUAUUGGCCAGCCUCUGUCAUUGCUCCUCAAAGAGAACACUGACGUCACCGAGCUCUCCCUCUACGAUCUCCGCGGCACUCCCGGUGUCGCUGCCGACAUCUCCCACGUCAACACCAAGUCUGUUGUCAAGGGCUACACCCCCGAGCAGGGCGGGAUCGAUGCCGCUCUUGAGAACGCCGAUGUCGUUGUCAUUCCCGCUGGUGUCCCCCGCAAGCCCGGCAUGACUCGUGACGAUCUUUUCAACACUAACGCCUCCAUCGUCCGCGACCUCGCCAAGGCUGUUGGCAAGAACUGCCCCAAGGCUCUUGUUGCCAUCAUCGCCAACCCCGUCAACUCCACCGUCCCCAUCGUUGCUGAGGUCUUCAAGAACCAGGGUGUCUACGACCCCAAGCGUGUCUUUGGUGUCACUACCCUCGACGUUGUCCGGGCUUCUCGCUUCCUUGCUGAGGUCGCUGGCACCAACCCCGCCGACGAGAAGGUCACCGUUGUUGGUGGUCACUCCGGUCACACCAUUGUUCCUUUGCUUUCUCAGUCUAACCACCCCGACUUGUCUGCCGACAAGUACGAGGCUCUUGUCCACCGCAUUCAGUUCGGUGGUGACGAGGUCGUCAAGGCCAAGGACGGUGCCGGCUCUGCCACUCUUUCCAUGGCCUUUGCUGGUGCCCGCUUUACCAGCUCCUUGCUCAAGGGCCUCAAGGGCGAGAAGGUCACCGAGCCUACUUUCGUCGAGUCUCCUCUCUUCAAGGACGAGGGCAUUGCCUUCUGGUCCUCUCCCGUCACUCUUGGUCCCAACGGUGUCGAGAAGAUCCACGACAACGGCAAGCUGAGCGCCAAGGAGGAGGAGCUCAUCGCUACCGCCAAGGCCGAUCUCGUCAAGAACAUCAAGAAGGGUGUUGACUUCGUUGCCCAGAACCCUUAG